AUGUCUAAAGAUUCUGCCGCUCGAUCGGGAACACCAGUAGCCCAUGACGAACGGAUUGAGAUAACUGGAUCAAAAGAUGCAUCAUUCGAAGACAAGCUUCGCUCCAAAGACAUCGGGGCCGAGUAUGCAGCUGUCGCUGACGACGCAGAGUUCGACACGGCUACACAACGAAAGUACCUUUGGCGUGUCGAUUUGGUGCUUAUGCCUAUCCUUUUCCUAACGUGGGGUCUCCAGUACGCAGACAAAAGUAUACUCAACAGCGCAGCUCAAUUUGGGAUUGUCGAAGAUCUUGGACUCUCAGACACAGUGCUCGUCCACGGCCAAAAGAGAGUCAGCUUGUCAAAGUUCUCGUAUGCUGUUAUGCUUUUUUAUUGGGGAUACUUCGUUGGAGUCCUGCCUGCUACCUAUCUUGCGCAGCGAAUGCCUCUUGGGAAGUUCAUCGGCGCAUCUAUUGUCGUUUGGGGCAUUGUUACGAUGUCAACCGCGGGAGUAACAUCAUACCCUGGCCUGAUGGUCAAUAGGUUCUUCUUAGGUGUCUGCGAAUCCACUCCAGCUCCAGCGUUUUCUCUCAUCACAGCGAUGUGGUAUAAACGGGAUGAGCAACCACUGCGUAUCGCCAUUUGGUAUUCAGCUUCCGGCGUCGGCAGUCUACUGGCUGGCAUUGCAUUCUACGGUAUCGGACAUAUCCACGGCUCGCUUCAUCCAUGGAAAUACCAGUACUUGAUUCUGGGAGCGUUUACUGUGAUUUGGGGUUUGGUUGUCGCGUAUUUCCUUCCGGAUAACCCGAUGAAAGCUCGGUUCCUAAACGCCGAGGAACGCAUUUUAGCUGUCAAGCGUAUGCGUACCGACCAGACUGGCAUUGAGAACACAACCUUCAAACCAUACCAAGUCAAGGAGACUUUCCUAGAUCCCAAGACUUGGCUUUUGGUUCUCCUCGCCUUCACCAUAACCCUCGUCAACGGUGCUGUCUCGGGAUUUGGAUCUAUCAUUAUCCGCAGCUUUGGAUUUUCUCCGUUUCAUUCUGUGCUGCUCACUGGGAGUGGCGGCGCCGUGGUAUUUGUGUCUCUUAUGACGUUUGGGGUUGUCGUUCUUUUCUACAAGAAUCAGCGCAGCAUUGUGAUCAUUUUUUCGACACUUCUCGUCAUAUCUGGCUGUGUGAUGAUAUGGAAAUCCAACUGGAAGAACCUUGGCAUCCCGCUCGCCGGAUUCUACUUGUUGACAUUCUUCGCUCUUGCGUACGUGAUGCUAUUGUCGCUGAUGACCGCAAACACGGCUGGGCACACGAAAAAGGCAUUGACUUCCGGCCUAGUAUGGGCUAGCACCGUGGUCUCCAACGCUGUUGGUCCACUACUUGUCAAGACGGAGGAAAAGGCAGAACACUACCCAAGUCUCGUAAAGCCACUGUUAGCAGUUCUGGCACUAUCUGUCGCGAUGAUAGUGGCACUUCGGAUCUAUAUGACGGUGCAGAAUAAGACCCGAGACGCGAGAGGUGUCGUUACGGAAGCCGCUUUGUCAGAGACUGCGUUCGCAGAUAUGACUGAUAAGGAAAACCCUAACUUUAGGUACUCUUGGUAG